AUGAAGCUGACUUUGCACCGUAUAGCAGGCACCACGAUGAGCACCCUAACAACAGGUGUGCAGCACCUCGGCUCCAACGAUGCCAGCUACGAUAACCCCUCAGUCGACUCCAGCCUGGUCAAAAAUGGAUUCCACUUUGAGAAAGCUCACUCUGGCUCCAUCGGCACCGCCUUUUCCGAGGUUAUCCCCGGAAAUAAAGAGGUCAUAUACGCUGCCCUCUCCCCCAUUUUGCCCACCAACAUGUCAGACUUCAUCCUGGGCAACGGCUCGUCUCUAGAGGGGAGAGGAGCAGCGCAGUGUGCUGAGAACUUAGUGGACAAUUUGGAGUGCUUUAUGAUCCUUACUCCCAGUCAACAGCUUGCAGUUGCCAUCCUCGCACUCACCCUGGGUACAUUCACUGUGCUGGAAAAUUUAAUCGUGCUGUGCGUGAUUCUACACUCCCAGACGCUUCGAUCUCGGCCUUCCUACCACUUCAUAGGCAGCCUGGCUGUGGCAGACCUGAUAGGAAGCAUCAUUUUCGUAUACAGCUUCUUGGACUUUCACGUCCUUCACAGAAAAGACAGCCCAAACAUUUUCCUCUUCAAACUGGCGGGGGUCAUCGCCUCAUUCACUGCCUCUGUGGGAAGUUUGUUCCUCACUGCAAUCGACCGCUACAUCUCCAUCCACAGGCCCAUGGCAUACAAGCGCAUCGUCACAAAGACCAAAGCGGUGAUCGCCUUCAGCCUGAUGUGGACCAUCUCCAUCGUCAUCUCGCUGCUGCCGCUGCUCGGCUGGAACUGCAAGCGUCUGGGUACAGUUUGCUCAGACAUUUUCCCUCUCAUUGACCAAAAGUACCUGAUGUUCUGGAUCGGGAUGACGAGCAUCCUGGUCUUGUUCAUCAUAUACGCCUACAUGUUCAUCCUGUGGAAGUCCCACCACCACGCUGUCCGCAUGCUGAGCCGCAGCUCCCAGAGGAGCGUGAUCGUCUACACGGCAGAGGGAGCCAAAGUGCAAACAGUGAGGCCUGAGCAGGCUCGGAUGGACCUCCGUCUGGCCAAAACCCUGGUCCUGAUUCUGGUGGCCCUCAUCAUCUGCUGGGGUCCCCUCCUAGCUAUAAUGGUUUACGACCUCUUCGGGAAGGUGAACGAUACGAUUAAGACCGUGUUUGCCUUUUGCAGCAUGCUGUGCUUGCUCAACUCCACGGUGAACCCGGUGAUCUACGCUAUGAGGAGCAAAGACCUGCGCCGGGCCUUCCUCAACAUCUGCAACAUUUGGCGGGGCACGACGCAGCCUCUGGACAACAGCGCAGAGAGCGACUGGACCAGCAGAAGUGUGAGAGCCACAGCAGGGGGGGCGGGGAAGAAUGGAGUGAGCAGUAGAAAGGCUCAAGCAAAAGUAGCCCAGGUUACAGUUUCUGGAGUGACCGAGACAUCUACAGUGGAUCCGGUCUAA